GUUUAGUGCGAUAACUCGCGAAAUCGAAAAUUAUCGUCAUUAUCGUGCGAUUCGGAGUUACCAUAGUAGUAUGGGUGAGUUUACAAUUCAGAUAGGCAAUGACCUUGUUAAUCAGCUUGUUGAUGAUGCGGUCGUAAAGAAGAAAACUAGAAGGAUUAGACGUAAGGGGCCAAGAGGGACUGAUAAGCCCCAAUCAAAUUUAACUGGAAAGCCCGAGAGUGCAGCUGCUCCAGGGUGGCCAGUGCAGCCCCCUCUGUUUCUACCUGCAACAUUACCUGUACAACCUGCCCAUUCAGAGUUAGAAGGCAUUCAGUCUGUGCUUCAGGAAAGUGAGAAGGUUUUGGAAAGAUUGCAGAAGCAGGAGGAGAACAUGUUGCAGGAAGUAACCAAAAGGCAAAGGAUCUCCAUGAUAAAGAGUAUAAGCUUCCAAACCCAAAGCCUGAGCCUUGCAUGGCUGAGAAGCUUGCUUCCUUAGCAUGUUACAAGG